AUGCUUCUCAAUAUCCUUGGGCCAUUGUCUGUGUUAUUUAUCGCCGCCCUCCCUGCAGUGGAGGCGGCCAACUCAUUCGCUGGUUCCAACCUAUACUAUGCCGCAGGAUUAUACGAAGACGACAGGACUACCCUACUCGAAGGACUGCAGAGCGCCGGAAUGAAGAUUCUGCGCGUUUGGCUCGACGGCCAGUCCUCCUCUCAGAAGGGUACUAAUAUCAACACGUUCCCUGACUUGGAGCCUUCGAAGAUCUGUGACGGUGACGCGUCGUGCUAUGACGACACGGUCUUGGAGCGCCUUGACGACUUUAUGGUCGCCGCACACUCUUAUGGUAUCAAGCUUUUGAUCGACAUGCAUAGCUAUAAUGCUCUUGCUGCUGGAGAUGUCUACGGCCGUGCCUACAACAAAGAAGGCUUCUACACCAACAGUGACGCGCAAUCUGCUUUCGAUCAGCGAUUGAUACAUGUCGUGAACCAUGUGCACACCACUCUUGGGAAGCCGUGGAAAGAGCUUAGCGACUACAUCUUUGGCUUUGAGGCAGAGAACGAGGCGAUGAUCGGCGAUGGUCAGACGUUCAUUCAAGACAACCAGCAAUGGCAAUGUGAUCGCGCAGGUACAAUCAAGGGCCAGCUCGGUGACAAUAGCGGAAUUUUGAUUCUGACGGGAGGUGAAUCUUGGAUGGCGGAGUCAGUCCAACCUGACUUCCUCAAAUGCGAUGCGCUGGACGUGAUCUCGAUUCACGCUUAUUCUCCCGGCGAUCUGUCUACCUCAGCUAUACAGACCUACGUGAAACAAGCGCAGUCGGCGGGAAAGAAGCUGAUCUUGGAAGAAUGGGGCGCAUGCUACUAUGACACUUCCAACAACGACUGCCCCUCGGGGAGUGUCCUCUCUUCGAGCACGCGUAAUGCCAACAUCAAGAACUGGGCAGACAAUAUCUCGGCCGCCGGUCUGCCCUGGCUCUACUGGCAGGUGCUCCCCAACGCAGACCCCCAUUACAGCACCGAUUACGAGAUUGGUCUUGUCAAUGAUGCGUCGUGGAGCACCUUGAAGAGUGCCGCGCAGGCUGCACUGCAGGCCGAAGCGGCGUUUGAUUUCUCUGCUUAUCUCUUGUGACGAGAUGUGCGAAGGGGAUAGUGUAUUCCAUGAAUGAGCUUGCAAUGCGCGACGCUUCUGAUAAUAGUUCUACGUUCCAUGCUAGUCAUAUUGCCGUUCUUAGUCUUGUCAGCGCGUGCCCGAUAGAGCUCAAUCAAUACAUUUUCUCACCCG